AUGGGCCUUUUAAGUAUAUUGAAGAAACUACGUUCGCAUCCAGAUAAAGAAUUGCGUCUUCUACUGUUAGGCUUGGAUAAUGCUGGUAAAACGACUCUCUUAAGACAAUUGGCAUCUGAGGACGUGUCGCAUGUGACCCCGACAGCAGGAUUUAAUAUAAAAUCUGUUUUAUCUAAUGGCUUUAAACUAAAUGUAUGGGAUAUUGGUGGACAAAGAAAAAUACGACCGUAUUGGAGGAAUUAUUUUGAGAAUACUGAUAUUUUGAUAUAUGUGGUAGAUUGUUCUGAUCAUGUUCGAUUGGAAGAAACCAGCCAGGAAUUGGCUGAAUUGUUGCAAGAUGACAAGUUAAGAGGAGUACCACUUCUGGUUUAUGCUAAUAAGCAGGAUUUAGCUACAGCAUUGCCAGCGAGUGAUGUAGCUACACAUUUAGGGCUGCAUCUCAUAAGGGAUCGUACUUGGCAGAUACAGGCCUGUGUUGCGACUGAUGGAACUGGUGUAAAGGUAUUCUAUGUAUAUGAUAAUUGUAUGCCAAACAUAAUGUGUGAUAUUAAGUAUUCUGUAUUCAUCAUCAUCAGCCUAUCAGAGCCCACUGCUGAGUAA